GUGCGGAGAGGGGCGGGCUAUUAGUAAUCGAACGCAAUGUAUUGUGCUGUUUAAAUAAUUCUUGUAGUGCAUUGGGAAACCAACAGUUAUAUUGCCCGAAUGAAGGUGAAUUAUUUAUCAACUGCACAGGUGUGUGUUUGUGCUUAAAGUUGUGUAUGCCAAGUAGUAAGAGUUCAUUUAAAGGCAGACUGUUUAUGUUGUGUUAUUAAUGUCAAGUGAAGCAUAGUUAGACAUUUAUCCAAGUAUUUAAUUCAUCGCUACAGUAAUUCAGUUUUAAAUAUCACCGCGUCGUGUGCUUUAAUGGUUAGGCCCAUAUGUAAACAGCGGUAAAGCUGGGGUGUAUCAUGUCAUGGAUAGAAAACCAACCUUAAGCAGAUACCGUAAUGGCUUGGUUGAUAUUGUUGUGCGGUGGAAUACUUAAACAUUUAUGAAUAAUUGUGGGUACAGUUUCAAAUAAGGCGGAUUACAAACAGACGAAAAGGCAAGGGAUGUUAGUGUUUGUUUCAAAUCGAAGGAAUUAUUGAUGAGAAGCUGCUGGUAAUUUAAGUGACGGUGCAGCAUUAGGAAUAAUGGAAAUAAAGGGAACACAAAUCGAUCUUAGGGAAGUUAAAGAAAAGUGUAAUGGUUGCUUAAGACGCGAAAGAACAGCGCGCUUGAAAAUGCAACAAACACCAUCAGGAAAUGUUAGUUCGAGACCUCAGUGUACACUUUCAGCCAUCAGUGGUGGCUCCGGUGCUAAUUAUUCUGUGAUUUCAUUUCGCGCAGGUGGAUUCCCGCGCAGUCUCGCGGUCACCUGCGCCGCGCUUUUCGUGCUCGUCAGUACGUGCACGGCGUUCAACCUGGACGUGAACAGCCCCGUAGUGUUCUCCUAUCCCGGUCAGGACGCCGGGUCCUACUUCGGCUACACGGUGGCCAUGUUCAAGCGGCCUUCAUCGGGUGAACGUUGGGUCCUGGUCGGUGCGCCCCGAGCUAACAGUCCCGUCUUCCUGGCGGAUGUGGAGCGACCAGGCGCACUCUACCGCUGUGACACGAACGCCAGGUGUGAGGAAAUUCUAAUUGACGCGGCGAAGAACAACGAUCGCGACCAGGCGGUAUUUGGCGACAAGACUCGGAUCUUCAUACACGGAAAGGACAACCAGUGGCUGGGUGGAUCCCUGGACGUUGACACCAGCAGGGGCAUAGUCACCUGCGCAAGUCGCUGGUACAACAAGAACUUCCUUACUGCUGGCUACUACUUCAUGAACGGCCUGUGUUACGAGCUGCCUCUCGACCUCAUGGCCACCAACAUCCGGAAGAUCCCGGCGCUCGUGGAUGGCGAGAAACAGACGAUGAUCCUGCCCGGGAACCUGACCCGUCUCAACUACGGCAUGGGCAGCAUGGGCGCCGCUGUACACUACACCGCGGAUGGUCGAGACUUGUUGCUGGGUGCCCCGGGCCUAUACACGUGGACAGGUGGCUUCAUAGACAUCGACAAUAGCGGCAACACGAAUCACAUCUCCCAGUAUGAAAACCUGCCCACAGAAAUAUCUGAAAUGGCAGGAUACGCGAUGACGAGCGGUCAGUACUUCGGGAAUGGCCAGACUUACUUCGCCAUCGGAUCACCGAGAUAUGAAUUAACCGGAAAGGUGCUGCUGUACGAGGGAGACCGGAAGUUAUUCCAGGCGGAGCGGCCAUUCCUGUCGCUUAAUGGCUCCGAGCUGGGCAACAGUCAGAUUCCCGUGAACGGUUUCUACGGCUCAGCGCUGUGCUCUGCUGACGUCAACAACGACGGCCGGGAUGAUCUCAUAGUGGGAGCUCCGCUGUUCUCAGACACCGCGGCUUAUGAGACCGGCCUCGUACUGGUCUACCUUGGGCAGGCAGGCUUUACUUUCAAACCUCAGAAGGAACGCCUUACCGGAAGUGGAUACGCGGGUGCAAGAUUCGGAACCGCCAUCGCUAGCAUGGGGGACCUCAACAUGGACGGUUUCACCGAUAUCGUGGUUGGCGCCCCGUACGAGGGUGACGCCAUGCAGGGCUCGGUGUACAUCUACAACGGCUGCAAGCUGGGGGUGUGGCACCACUUCUCGCAGCGACUAGAUGCCCGGACGCUCGCGCCCGCACUCCGAUCAUUUGGUAUAUCCUUCUCGCGACCGAUGGAUUUUGACGAAAAUGGCAUCAACGACCUGUUGGUGGGCGCCUACCUGUCUGACCGGGCGUACCUGUUCCUUGGCAAGCCCGUGAUCAACGUGCAGCUUACGCUGGCCUCCUCCGUCUCUCAGAUCGAGCCCUCCCUGACGGCGGCGGGACUGAGGCUCACCACGUGUCUGCAGUACAACUACUUCACCGUCACCUACAUACAGUUCAACGUCACCAUAGAGCUAGAUACCUACAUGGGAGAAUACAACCGAAUCAUGUUCGACAAAGGGAGCAGAAUGACGUCAUUUCUACUGAAAGUCUUCCACAACGAAAAAUCUUGUGAUACCCGAACACUGACGAUUAAGUCGACCGUGGACCUGAUGACGCCUGUGCGGAUCCAGGCCUCUUACAGCGUGGUGCAGUUCGCGUCUUCAGGGGACAAGCAGCCCGCCAUCAACCGCUUCCAUGGAGACGACCCCAACCGGAACCUGAUGAUCGCCGUAGAGCGGCUUGAGUUCAAGAAGAACUGCCCGGACAACCGCUGUCGCACCGACCUCACCCUGACGGCAGCGGCGGAGUAUCAGCAGGAGGCCGGAAACCUCAUCCUGGGAACUUCCAGUCUCGUAUUGGACGUGAGCAUCCGGAAGAGCGGCGACCCCAGCUACGGUUCCAACCUGUUCGUCGCGUUUCCGAAGUCGAUGCGGUACCAGAAAGUGGAGAAGGUGGCCGGGGAGACGGAGGUCCAGUGCGGGUUUAUCGAGUUGCGAGAAGAGGCGAGUGACGCCGACCCGGAUGUGGAUUCCCUCGAGUAUCUGCAGAGGCAGCUGGUGCCCAAAAUGGACAAGGAGGCCGAGGAGAUGCUCGUGUGCUCCUUCGGGAAUCCCCUGUCUAAUAAUACAGGUGUCAGGUUCCGGUUACACAUGGUAGUUCCGGAGUCUGUGAAGGAGUCUAAGCUCUACUUCCGUUUGAACGCAACGACCCUUAGCGAUGAGCUGCGAGCAGAGGACAACACGCAGAACAUUGACAUUCCGGUCAAGUACAAGGUGGCGACCGCCUUCAAGGGUGUGUCCCGGCCCUCCAUCCUGACCCUGGCUGACCCCGCCCUGCGCUACAACGUGACGCACGUGUACGAGCUCCGGAACCAGGGGCCCAGUCCACUUCCGGCGGCCCUGCUCAUGAUUGAGUUCCCGCAGGUUCAGCAGAGCGGCCGCGUGCAAAUCAAACUGAACACCACUGAAUGGAGCUGCCCGCCCCCAUGUCGGAUCACGUGCGAGUUCCCCAACAUGGAGGAGAACAAGGCGCCCGCCAUCUUCUCGGCGAAUAUCGGCCCAAGCUACAGCGUCAAGACGUCACCGUCGACCAGCGACGUUAACGUCGGAGAGGCAAAAUCCCUGUCAUCGCUACGGAACACUGACUGUAACAAGCACAGGUGCUCGCGCUACGACUGCAAGCUGACGGACAUACCGGCGAGAGAGAGCGCCGUCGUGACGUUGACUUUCCACGUUGCUGGCGACACGCUUGAUGUCGUCACGGGCGGCCAGACGCUCACUAUCCGCUCUGACGCGUUCGUGCGCCUGGACCGACUUGAGCGUCUCAUCACCGACACCACCACCCACGUGACAGACGUGUUCACUGACCUAGUUCCGGUGACGCCGCCCCGAAAGCCGCUCGCGUGGUGGAUCAUCCUGAUCAGCGUCCUUGCGGGACUCCUUCUGAUCCUACUGGUCGUCUUCAUUCUCUGGAAGUGCGGCUUCUUCAAGCGGAAGGAUCUGGAGGAGAUGCGGCGGAUGCAGCACAAGGGCGAGGUGAAGCCCAUGUUGGAGGAGGAGGAGGCCGCGGCGGAAGCAGACGCCAAUGGAACCUAACAUGGGAUUGGGUGCAGUGACAUUAUAAUGUAUUGAAAUCUCAGUAUAUGACGUUGAACGUCGCUGAAUGGGUAUGUUCAUAGUGGAUGGUUCCUUACCUGGUCAUCGUUAUUUACGUGGACUUUAUAGCGAAGUCUUGGAAUCAGAAAUACGACGAUUCAAUGGAUUAUAUGGUGCUUUUGUAUAUUCUUCCAUACAAUUUGGACCAAGGCGCAGCGGUUGGUGACCACACUUCUUCUCAUGCCUAUCGGGGUUCAAUACCCAUUUCCGGUGUGGACAAGACCAUAACAAAAAGAGCGCAUUCAGUUGAACAUACAAAGCUGCGUAUUUCAUAUAUUAUUCAAAUUAAAAAUCGCCUUUCGUGAGUUAUUUAGGCAGAUAUGUUGGGAGACAGUUUGGGCCCUCACAUAACGCAGCCACUGGCGCGAAGAAAACUCGUAAACUUCGAAAUACACACAUACAAAUAUUUAAGCAUGACAUAGGAUAUACAAAUUCGUUUAUUGCAAUUUUGUCCACGUAACUUUAAGGCAAGUUAAUAAAUGUGUAUUAAUGAGUCAUAUGUCGUAACUAAAUUAUCAACUUCUCAUUCGCAUUUCACCUGAAACUAAAUGGCGCGUAACGCGGUGUUCAUCGAGCGUGUAUCUCUAUGACGCAGUGUAUCACUACGCGUCAUAGAGGACCGCCCUGCAAUCUUACCCACUCACAUAUCAUACGUCACGAUUGCUCAUUACAUAUACCGCCAGCGACAUUCCAUUUAAACAUGAUGUAUGUUAUACGAAGUAAUCAUGCGGUGAUUUUCUAAUUAAGGACUCCUUACACAGAGUGCAGGAUCAACGGGGUUUUCACGGGUUUACACACGGGCUGGAAAGGAUGUAAACACACCAUUAAGAACGUUAUUUUUUCAAAUAUCUCAAGUUAUUUAAAUACCUUUGGAAAAAAACUUUUAUGCAUACAAGUUUUUCUUGCAGUGUGUGCCGAUAUCUUAAGAUUAAAGAAAACGUCAUUGAAUACGUCUGAAAUCGGUGCCAAUAUUUCACGUUGCGUGCUGCAUAACCGUAUACAUAAAUGUAGUACAAAUUGCCAUAAAUAGCACAACAAACUGUAUUUUAUGCACUAGUUGAAAUUCUCAAGAAACAUUGUUUUAAAAAGUUAUUUAAAAUAAAGCACCAGUUUUUACCGGUGUGUUUCAAUCCAUUAAAGAUUAAAUGGGAACCCCACAAAGUCACGUGAUCCUACACCCUGAACAUUUAUUGGUCAAUGAGAUGUUUUAAUAGCCAGUUGUUAUUGUUAACCAUCCGGGCCGCUUUCAUGAAGUUCUAUUUGCUUUGCAGCAAUUUGUCAUGUGAAGCGAUGUCCCAAUGUUUUUGCUAUAAGCUAACCAAAUAUAUCACCGUUUUAUGUACAGAAACGCCAUAUCAUUUAAUAAUGUGAUUAUUGUAUUAUUUGAGUUAAUAUGUAAUAGAUAAAUGCAUAUAAUAUGUAAAUGUAAACAUUAGUUAACGUUUAUGUUAAUAAUCGUAUAGCGCAUAUAACUCAUCGUUGCAACACAUUGAUUAUGUUUAAUUGUCACAAUUCAUAAAAGAUGUCAUUUGUUACAUAUUGCUAUAUGUUUGUAAAACUACUCUUGUAUUUUAUAACACAUGUGUCAAUCUUUCUGCUGAAAAUUAAAACUAUUUACAGUGUUACGUAUGAGAUGUGGAUAUUUUUUUGAUGCUUAUAGUGUAAUUAAUUGGCAUUCAAUGUCUGUGCAUGUGUGCUUUGCACUUCUUUUAUACAUUGUGCUAUAAUGCACACUAAUUUAAAUUGUUAUGUAUAUCUGUGUAUGUUGUAUAUUGCAUAAUACAGUCCUUUUAUAAACCAU